AUGUGGAUAAAGCGUUUUGGUUCCUCUCAAUUGCAAGAGAUAGGAAUCAAACCGACAGAAGCGAAAUUUGCUCAGCGGCUUAAGAGAGAGAUGUUUCUGAAGGUUAAGGAAGGGAAACUUAAAAAUACUGAAGACCUUGAAAAUCAAAAACACUCAACAGAGAAAGAAAAAAUCAAAAAGUUAAAUAUCAGUAGCAAGAAACUGAAAGGGCAUUUAGAUUUUAAUGAAUUUGUCAAUUUAGAAGAAUUGGAUUGUAGCGAAAAUGAACUAGUCUCUUUGGAAUUUAGCAGAUGCAAUAACUUGCAAAGAUUACGUUGCUCUGAUAAUCAAUUGAAUGAACUUGAUCUUAGAAAAUGUGGCAAACUAGAAUUUUUAGAUU